AUGCGGGGCGCGACUCUGAGUGCGUCUGAUGGUGAAGGCAGCAGACUGCUGGCCUCCUCGGUCAUCCCGGGGGAGCAGCCGGUGCUGUGGAGCGGAGUGUUCAGUGUGGACGGAGGAGAAAGCAACACGGAGCUGCUGGUGUUUGACAUCAGCCCUGAUGUGAGAGGACAGACCGACUCAGAUCCAGACUUCUACACUUCUGAACAAAACCUAGGAGGGACGGCAAAGACCCUGAAGCCGAAGGCGGUGCUCUUCAGGCAGAACAACAUGACCUCUGUGCUGGCAGUGAGGCACAAGGCCUGGAUGGUUUUCUUCAUUGGGACGGCAGAUGGGCAGCUCAUCAAGCUGGCUGUGGACAGGAACUAUCGCACCGCCUGUCCCACGGUGCUCUACAGAGUGGAUGACGACCGCAAAGUGUUUCCCAGAAUUCAUUUGGAUCAAGUGGAUCAGAAACAUGUGUAUGUGCCAUUUAGAAACCAGGUGGAGCGUGUCGCUGUGGCAAAGUGCAGCACAUACAAGGACGUUCAGGAGUGUUGGUCUGCUCAGGAUCCACACUGUGUCUGGUGUGUCCCUCAAAAAAGUUGCACCUUUGCAGAUGACUGCAAAGAUUCCGACUGGUUGUCCAUUCCUGAUGAAUGGCAGCAGCAAAUGGUUUCCCACAGAGUUGAGAAGGACUCCAGUGGACAGAUCACACUAAGCAUCCAGACACACGUGAUUGUGGGUCAGAACCCGUCCAACUUCGCCUGUUAUUUCUCUGCAACUUCCAUUGAGCUUUGUAGCCGGAAUAGCCCUCCUCCACAGUUCCCACAAUGCACCUGCAUCCUGUCUAGUGGUGUGCUUCCUGCUGACGGCCUUCUUGUCAUAGUAAAGAUGAGACUUGGGGAAACGCAUCUGUCGGAACAACUGGAAGUCACCAACUGCUCUGGCAUCAGUGGACCACCAAGUUCUGUUUUGUGCCAGCAGUGUAUCAAGGCUGGAUGUGGAUGGAGCAAAAGCGGCUGUUCCUGGGCUAACGAAGGAGAGGGGAAUGACAGCGUUUGCCAAAAGAUGGAUUUUGGGAAAAACUUUUCUAGGCCAGAGAUCUCCUCCAUCACACCCAGUGUCGUGUCGUUCCACGGCAGAAACCAUGCAACGUUGUCAGGUCGAAACCUCAGAGAAGUGAGCGGAGUGAGGAUCCAGGGGGACCUGGACUGUACUCCACAAGA